AGCAGCGCUGCCGCCGCCGCCGUAGACUGAGUUGGAGGAGGCAGAAGCCAGGAAGAAAAUGGCGGCCGUGGCUGCAGAGGCGGCAGCGACUGCAGCGUCCCCCGGGGAGGGGGGCGCCGGCGAGGCCGAGCCGGAGAUGGAGCCCAUUCCCGGCAGCGAGGCCGGCACUGACCCCCUCCCGGUCACGGCAACUGAAGCAUCUGUGCCGGACGGCGAGGCCGACGGGCAGCAGUCCUCUCCUCAGGCCGACGAGCCGCCGUUCCCGCCGCCGCCGCCGCCGCCGCCGCCGGGGGAGCUAGCCCGCAGCCCGGAGGCGGCGGGGCCGGAGCUGCAGCCUGAGGAGAAGCUGCCCGCCCGGGUGGUGGAGCCGGCGGCAGCCGCGCCACAGGAAGGGCCUGGCCUUUCACCUUCCCCUGCAUCGCCGCCCGAGGAGCCCGCGGCUCCCGAGGAGCGCCAGGAACCGCCACUGCACCAGCCCUCAGCCCCGGCGCUCGUGCCACCGGCGGGCGGGGACUCCGCGGUGUCGCAACUGAUCCCCGGCUCGAGGUUUGGGCCCCAUGGGAUCCCUGUGACAGUAUUUCCCAAAAGGGAAUAUAAGGAUAAACCUGAAGCCAUGCAGCUCCAAAAUAAUACAUUCCAAGAAGGGACCGAUGUCAAGCGUGAAGUGAAUGGUGCUGUUCCUGAAGACCCUUCUCCUGUCCCGCCUCCUGAGCUGAGCUUGGCCGAAAGCCUGUGGACUUCCAAACCACCACCUCUCUUCCAUGAAGGAGCACCUUAUCCUCCCCCUUUGUUUAUCAGGGACACAUAUAACCAAUCAAUACCUCAGCCACCUCCUCGGAAAAUUAAGCGACCCAAACGAAAAAUGUACAGGGAAGAACCUACUUCAAUAAUGAAUGCUAUUAAACUACGACCCAGGCAAGUCUUGUGCGACAAGUGUAAAAACAGUGUCGUUGCUGAAAAAAAAGAAAUGAGAAAAGGUAGUAGUGCAAGUGACUCUUCUAAAUAUGAAGAUAAAAAACGGAGAAAUGGGCCUCCCUGAAAUGAAAGUGUAACUACUGUGAACAAAAAACUGAAAACUGACCAUAAGGUGGAUGGGAAAAACCAAAAUGAAAGCCAGAAAAGAAAUGCUGUGGUUAAGGUUUCAAAUAUUGCUCACAGCAGAGGCAGAGUAGUCAAAGUUUCUGCUCAGGCAAAUACAUCAAAAGCUCAGUUAAGUACUAAAAAAGUGCUCCAGAAUAAGAACAUGGAUCAUGCAAAAGCUCGGGAAGUGCUGAAAAUUGCCAAAGAAAAGGCACAGAAGAAGCAAAGUGAAACCUCUACGUCCAAAAAUGCACAUUCAAAAGUCCACUUCACACGUCGAUACCAGAAUCCUAGCUCAGGUUCCCUUCCACCCCGGGUUCGUUUAAAACCACAGAGGUACAGGAAUGAAGAAAAUGACUCUUCUCUGAAGACAGGACUGGAGAAAAUGCGGAGCAGCAAGAUGGCACCAAAGCCCCAGUCCCGCUGCACCUCCACCCGCUCAGCAGGUGAGGCCCCUUCAGAAAAUCAGAGUCCCUCCAAAGGCCCUGAAGAGGCCAGCAGUGAGGUUCAGGACACAACUGAAGUGCUUGUGCCUGGUGAGCAGGAUGAACCACAGACACUGGGCAAAAAGGGCAGCAAAAGCAAUGUCUCUGUUUACAUGACCCUAAAUCAAAAGAAAUCUGACUCUUCCAGUGCUUCAGUGUGUAGCACUGAUAGCACAGAUGAUUUGAAAUCCUCCAACUCUGAGUGUAGUUCUUCUGAAAGCUUUGAUUUUCCUCCAGGCUGUAUGCAUGCACCUUCCACAUCCUCUACUUCCUCCUCUUCAAAGGAAGAGAAAAAGCUCAGUAAUUCCUUGAAAAUGAAAGUCUUUUCCAAAAACGUCUCUAAGUGCGUCACACCAGAUGGCAGGACCGUAUGUGUAGGGGACAUUGUUUGGGCCAAGAUAUAUGGCUUCCCCUGGUGGCCAGCCCGUAUUCUUACUAUAACUGUGAGCCGGAAAGAUAACGGCCUUUUAGUGCGGCAGGAGGCCCGUAUUUCAUGGUUCGGGUCUCCAACAACAUCUUUCCUGGCUCUUUCACAGCUCUCCCCCUUUUUAGAAAACUUCCAGUCACGCUUUAAUAAGAAGAGAAAGGGCCUGUAUCGCAAGGCUAUCACAGAGGCAGCUAAGGCUGCCAAACAGCUGACCCCUGAAGUGCGGGCUCUGUUGACACAGUUUGAGACGUGAACAUGGACAGUAAGUAAGGUAGGCAAGAACCUUUGGAAGGCGCCACAGAUUUUCUAGUCUAGUUAGGGGUAACUUCUAUGAGAUAGGUUGGCCAGAUUGGAGAGAGAACUUGCACUCAGUUGGCUGCUUUUUUAUACUUAACCUUACAGCCAUUUUUAGCCUGAGAAGCUUACACUGAACAAGCAAUCAUUUUGUCGUAAGGAAGUGAGAUUUUAGUAUUUUCCAGUUUUGCAGUCUAAAACCACCCCAAGGCAUAGGGAGCCAUAGCCUCAACUGAAAAUGAAUUUUUGCAGGGACUGUUAAUUGCCAUUUGU